AUUAACAAUAUUAAAUAGAAAAUCCUAGAAAACGCGAUUAGGUGUAUGUGCUAAAUUGUAAAGUUGACCUAUGAUUGCCCGUGCAAUCAGUAAAAGGUGGCGAAAAUCUAAUAUACGCACACACACACACACACAAAACAUAUCGUUUCGUAGAGUGGCUGGUCCGAGCAAAUUGGAAGAGAAAAUGUAUCCAGAUACAACCAAUGGCAAUUUUUGCGAGCAGAUAUGAACGAAAAUUGCCCAUUGAUGACACCCAAGCGCUGAGCUGCGAGAUAACCACAGUCGAGGAGGUCGACGGGCAUACGGAGUACUUGCUGCGUGUGCAAAGGGGGCCAACCUCAGAAAACUCCUGGAACGUUCUGCGCCGCUACAAUGACUUCGACAAGUUGGACAAGUGUCUACGCAUCUCUGGCAUUGAGCUGCCGUUGCCUCGCAAGCGCAUCUUCGGUAAUAUGCGCCCGGAGUUUGUAGCUGAACGAAAGCAAGCACUGCAAGUAUACAUAAACGCUGUACUAAUGAAUCCCAUAUUGGCAUCAUCGUUGCCAGCGAAGCGCUUCGUUGACCCCGAGAGCUAUUCGCAAUCAUUUCAUGACCAUGCUGUGCAGAAUGCAAUGCUCUGCCUGCGCAACGAUUCGGCGUGGGCCCUGGGUGCCACAAUGGGUGCCAUAGGCUGGCGUCUACGCAAGCACUACUUUAAGGUGACGCCUAAGCCGCCGGAGAAGGGCAGCAACAAGUUGGUGAAGAGCGGCUCGCAGACGCAUCAGAGCAAGCACUUCGCCGCCGGCAGCAGCAGCAAUGGCAGCGGUCAUUCCAUGGAUGGUGGCUCGUAUGACCCCAAUGCCGAGAUGGUGGCGGAAUGGCUCGAGGCUGGACCGGACAAGUUUAUCGAAGAGAAGGAGAUGACCGGCAUUCUGAAGAGCCUAAUGGGCCUCCAGCAUCAGCACAUCGAGCCAGUUAUCCUGGCCGGCCACACCGAAAGCGGAUGUCUCGUCAUCAGAAAAUUCCACAAGCAUGGCACCCUCAAGGAUGUGCUGUGCAUGGCCACGAACCCAAAGAACCCCUUCCUGAGCAAGUACGGCAAUCCGAAGGGACGCACUGCACUCUCCAUGAAGCAAGUGGCCACCUAUGGCAGGCAGAUCCUGGAGGCUCUCAUAUUUUUGCAUUCCAAGGGCUAUGCCUACGGUCACCUACAUUCCGGGAAUAUAGUAAUUUUGGACGAUUGUGUCAAGUUGUUGGACAUUGAGAAUCAACUGCUGGGCGUGCCGGCAUUCUAUCGGCCAUUCUUCAUGCAGCACAGCAAGAUUCAUACCAUGGAGACUGUGGACGUGUACUGCUUCGGCCAUGUCCUGUUCGAAAUGACCAUGGGCUAUCCCCUUCAAGAGUCGGUGGUGCGACAAAUCACGGAAUGCCCCGAGGCGCUAAAAUGUUUGUUGGAGAGCAUUCUCUCCAAGGAGGCUUGCAAAACUGGCCUCCCAACCCUGGAGCAACUGAUUGGUCACCGUUUUUUUGCACAGUACGCAUCGACGGGUGAGGCAGCUGCUGCCGGUGGGGCUAACACCGAAAAGCCACACUUCAAAUUGUCCUUAAACGCCAAAGAGCUGCUGAAGCAGGCAGCCAUAAAAACGGAGAAUCGGCUCCGCGACGAGCAAAAGUCGGUGAAGAACCAGAAGAGGAUUGUGCGUGUGCAGGAGCUGAUGAGUUCCGAGGAGGAGAAGCGCAAGUCCAAGCAGAAAGCAAAACUAGAGCACAAACAGUCCAAGCUAAAGCAGCAAGGUUCACUGCAAACGAACAACGGACGUUUGUCGCUUGCGGCUGCAACUGCAGCGACCGCUUCAUCCAGCACCCUGGCAGCUAGUGGGCUAAACGCGGCAGACUCCUUCAACCGCUCCGACAGCACUCCUGAAGAACCCACUCUGGCCGCCCUCAAAUCCCCACCGCUUACACCGGCCCCACCAUUUGGCUCGAUCUACCAGCGGGAUCCACCUGCAGGCAGUGCAUCCACAUCCGCGUCUGGAUCGGUGGAAAGGCAGUCCUCCACCCCCAAUAUGCUGGCCGAGGAUCCUGAAGCCCCUGAAGGCGAGGGCGACGGACUGACGCGUUCCGCACUGCUCGAGUCUAUUUGCAAAUUCAAUCGCGGCUCCCUGCGCAAAGUGCGAUCAAACGACUAGGCAGGAAACGAUGAGCAGGAAAAUCGAGAUUUAUAAAUGUUAAAAUUUGGACCAAAUGUGGCGUUAUGAAAUAACCGUGCCAUCAAAAAUCAAUAUAUAAAACCCAAUUGAAUUUCGAAAGCUACAUUUUUAGAUGCAUAUUGAGAAACACGACACGCACGCCGGGCGGCAGACGAAAGAAAUGAGAAAAAAUAGAUCGAUCUAUCGCUACGCUUAGCAUACCCAGAGAAACAAUCCAGCCUAACACUACUUGUCUUUACGAAACCCACUGAUUAUACAUAUAUUAUAAUUACAGCCUACAAUAUGUGUCCACUAUUUAUAGCAUACUCGUACAAAUAAUCAGCUAAAGGGAUCUAUUUAUACUACAUGUAUGUUACGAGAAGACGUUAUGAGUCACAACAACACAUUGCGAAACGGUCUAACGAAUCCCAAACCAGGCUCCGGAUCGCAACUAAAGCUUUACUUAAAUGUGUCCACUACACGACUGAAACUGACUUUGGUACGAUAUGAAUAUCAAAAGAAACAAAAAACCAAAAA